AUGCAGUCAAACAGCAAAGAUCUGCUUCACUUGGAGACUGAAGGCGGCUUGUCUUUGGAAUCAAAACUUCUCUUUUGCACUAGUGACGAUGGCGGAUCUCAAUCCCUAAAUUUGAAACCUGACCUUCCUGAUAAGAAGCCUGAAAUUUCUUCUGUACCCAAAAGCCAAGUUCUAACAAAGGUCAAGGAUUUUUUGGGAGUAUUUUUGGAAAACAAUAGAAAAGUGGAGCUUGAAGCUAAGAAGAAUCCUGAGAAAUAUGACAUUGAAGCUCUUACUGGUGAAGAAUCUGAAUACAUAGAGAUGGACUUAAUGUUGGGUGUUGCUGAACUUCACACACAGGAAGCUGUAUCAGCUGCUGAAUCCGCAAUAGCAAGUUACCAACCAGUAAUCGAUCUCGAUACCAAUGAUACGACAGAAUCUGAAGACAGUAGCGAUGAGGAUGACAUUCAGGAUACCAGCAAAAGUGAUGACGAUGAUGGUUUUUCUCUAGGAAAAGAAUCUAAGCUUAUGGAAAAGGAUUCUCCUAAGAAAGCAUUGAAGAGGAAGCGAAAUCGAGUUGACAUAGUUGAGCUCUCUUAGUGCUAAGGACAUUAAACAAUUGUUAGCUUAUUUUUGGUGAGAAAUUCAGAACAUAGUAAAACUUGUUUUAGUUCUACUCUUUUAUUUUAUUAGUUAAGUGUAA